CAGGAGACUGCGGGGACAAAAAUACUGUAGGCAGUGCAGAAAGGACGAGAGAAGGCUGCUGGAGCCGUCCAGGAGAUUUUAUUGUUUUGUAUUUUAACUAACAAGGCUUUUCGGCAAAUAUAUAUCUUUCCAACUUCAGCUACAGUGAUAGCUAAGUUUGGAAAGGAGAAAGGGGAGUUUUGGAGUGCGUUUAUCGAAAAUUCAAUGCACCGAGUAUCGCCUGCAUCGAAAGCCUGUACAAAGGGAAAUAAAUAUUGACUAAAUUAUUUUGAGAAAAAAUAUUACAAAUGGAUAACGCGGGACCUAAGAAACGUUAUUGUGAAUCUGUCCAAUCGUUCUUCACAUCACCAACGUUCCUUAUUUACCUUGGACAUGCCCUCUCCACAUGGGGAGAUCGUAUGUGGAAUUUCGCUGUAGCUGUAUUUCUGGUGGUGCUGUAUGGCAACAGCCUCCUGCUCACGGCUGUGUACGGACUGGUGGUGGCAGGGUCAGUCCUGCUGCUCGGAGCCAUUAUCGGUGACUGGGUGGAUAAAAACCCCAGACUCAAAGUGGCCCAGACUUCACUGGUUGUCCAGAACUGUGCCGUCAUACUGUGUGGGAUCCUCUUGAUGGUGGUUUUCCAGUUCAAAGAACAGCUCGCAGAGUUAUAUAAUGGAUGGGUUCUGACAUGCUGCUAUAUCUUGGUCAUCUCCAUAGCCAACAUUGCUAACUUGGCCAGUACUGCCAUGUCAAUUACCAUCCAGAGAGACUGGGUGGUGGUUGUGGCUGGACAGGACAGCAGCAAGCUGGCAGACAUGAAUGCCACAGUACGGAUCAUCGACCAGCUAACAAACAUCCUGGCGCCUAUGUUGGUGGGCCAGAUCAUGGCUUUCUGCUCCAACUUUAUUGGCUGCGGCUUCAUCGCCGGCUGGAACCUGUGCUCUAUGUGCUUGGAGUACUGUCUGCUGUGGAAAGUCUACCAGAAAUGUCCAGCACUGGCCAUGAAGGCUGGCAAGAAAGAAGACUACCAGGAACUGAAACGACUGAACUCCCCGAAAGAGCUAGAGAACGGCCAGGGCCCAGUGGAGGGCUCCCAGCUCAUGAACGAGACUGCUGUCGUCAAGGCUGACUCUCCCAGGAAGACUGGCUGCUGCUACCAGAUGGCGGAGCCCCUACGCACCAUCCGCGAUGGCUGGGUGGCCUACUACAACCAGUCCAUCUUCUUCGCUGGCAUGUCACUAGCUUUCCUCUACAUGACAGUGCUGGGCUUUGACUGCAUUACAACAGGCUACGCCUACAUGCAGGGCCUCAAUGGCUCUGUGCUCAGCCUGCUGAUGGGCGCCUCAGCCGUGUCGGGCAUCUGUGGCACGGUGGCCUUUACCUGGGUUCGCAAGAGUUGUGGCCUGAUCCGCACAGGCUUCAUCUCGGGUGUGGUGCAGCUCUCCUGCCUAAUGCUGUGCGUGGCGUCUGUCUUCGCACCGGGCAGCCCCUUUGACCUCAGUGUCUCGCCCUUCCAGGACAUCUAUAGCCACCUGACUGGGAAGAGCAGCGCCCUCCCGGAGGCCGCCUACCCGGCUAGCGUGCUAACCAUCGAUGGUCAGGGUAUGCUGGUUAACAGUUCGACCGUGCCGCCCACCGAGGAACUACCGCCUCUGCAGUCCUACAUGUCAGUCAGUCUGCUGUUUUCUGGGGUCAUUGCUGCUAGAAUUGGUCUAUGGUCCUUUGACUUAACCGUGACCCAGCUCAUCCAAGAGAAUGUGAUCGAGUCGGAGAGGGGACUGAUCAACGGCGUCCAGAACUCCAUGAACUACCUCCUAGACCUUCUGCAUUUCAUUAUGGUGAUUCUGGCGCCCAACCCAGAGGCCUUCGGCCUGCUCGUCAUCCUCUCCGUCUCAUUCGUGGCCAUGGGCCACAUAAUGUACUUCAGGUUUGCCUUUAAGAGCCUCGGGCGGCGCCUCUUCCUCUGCUUCUCUCCAGAGCAGCAGACUCAGCCCCUCCCCGACUCUCCCUCCUCGCUUCCCACCACGGUGUAACCCAUUAAAGAGACUCUUUCCCUGCUUACAGCUCCGCCUGCAGUACACAAAUACUUCCUUCUCCUCCAGCCCCCUAGCCAUCAACCUAAACAUGCUUGUAGCCCCGGCAGGACUAAUGUAUUUACUUUUGCGCCUUACCCUAGCAGGUGCUGUCCUUUGUCAUUGUAGAUAGCAUUUGCCGUUCGCUGAGGGAGAAGGGUAGUGCGGCCGCAGACAUAGAGAGAGAGUCUCAGACAAACAACCCCAUUCAUAAGUGUCACAAAAAAAACCUUCCCUACUUCCAAUAUUUAAAUGUAGCCGUCUUGUCAUGCAUUCAGCUUAAAAGCUAAACUAAGGUGGAAAAUUGCAGGUAUUGCCACUUGCAGUUACUCCGGUUACAGCUGGGUACUGCUCAAGUAUGUGCUAGUGCUGUUUGCAUCUCAUUACAGCUCUGCAUCAGCCGUGGGAUUCCUAUUUCCACUUUCAAGCCAUUUGUUUCGCAGUAGUUUAUUGGUGCUAUAAAUCAUUCAUGCUAGCAUUUCAGUUAUUUCAGCUUAAGUAAUUAAUGUUUUAGAUGAUCGGUUCUUGCUCAUUUCUCUUUAAUACAUGGUUAUAAGGGUUAUGCAAAUGUAUUUAUUCAAGGAGCGCAAAUACUUAUGUUUAUCUAUACAUGGAGUGUACAAUACAUUAGGAACACCUGCUCUUUCUAUGACGGACUGAACAGGUGAACAUUACGAUCCUUAUUGGUGACACCUGUUAAAUCCACUUCGAAGACAGGUUAAAGAAGGAUUUUAAGCCAUGAGAUAGAGACAUGGAUUGUGUGUGUGCCAUGGAUGGUGAAUAGGCAAGACAAAAUAUUUAAGUUCCUUUGAACGGGGUAUUGUAGUAGAUGCCAGGUGCACCGGCUUGAGUGUGUCAAGAACUGCAACGCUGCUGGGUUUUUCACACUCAACAAUUUCCCAUGUGUAUCAAGAAUGGUCCACCACCCAAAGGACAGCCAGCCAACUUGACAACUGUGGGAAGCACUGGAGUCAACAUGGGCCAGCAUCCCUGUGGAACGCUUGACACAUUGUAUAGUCCAUGCACCAACUAAUUGAGGCUGUUCUGAGGGCAAAAGGGGGUGCAACUCAAUAUUAGGUAGGUAUUCCUAAUGUUUUGUACACUCAGGUGUAUAUUCUCAAUGUAUCAUCACUAUUGUCUUUCUCACUCAUGGUGGUGCUAAUGUACUAGCUAUAGCAACACCUGGAAAACUGUGCAUUCACAUUAACAACGCUCUCAAUGACCAAAGUGGACCUUAUAUAGCUUAAAGGAAAUGAGGGGAAAACCGAUUUGUUACAUUUGUUUGAGCAUUCCAAAUAUUUCUUUGAUGUGAAGUGACAGUGAAACUUGUAUAAGCUCAUUAACGCUAUUGUAGACACUUGUGUACACUUACAAGCUCAGCCCCCCCCCCCCCCCCCCCCGCCGCAAUUCUUUUAACUAUAGCAUAACAAUGUAAACUACUAGUUAUUUGUCAUGAUUGAUUUCUAUAGCGCCUUCAGAAAGUAUUCACACACCUUGUCUUUUUCCACAUUGUGUGUUACAGCCUGAUUUUAAACUGAGAUUGUGUUCCUAGCCUACACACAAUACCCCAUAUCGUCAGUGGAAUUGUUUCACAUUUUUACAAAUUAAAAAUGAAAAGCUGAAAUGUCUUCAGCCAAUAAGAAUUCAACCCCUUUGUUAUGGCACACCUAAAUAAGUUCAGGAGUAAAAAUGUGCUUAACAAGUCACAUGGACUCACUGUGUACAAUGAGUUUAACAUGAUUUUUUUUAAAUGACUAACUCACCUCUGUACCCCACACAUACAGAUAAUUUUAAGGUCCCUCAGUCGAGCAGUGAAUAUCAAACAGAUUCAACCACAAAGACCAGCAAGGUUUUCCAAUGCCUCAAAAGAAGGGCACCUAUUGCCAAAAAUGUAAAGAAAAGCAGACGUUGAAUAUGCCUUUGAGCAUGGUGAAGUUAUUAAUUACACUUUGGAUGGUGUAUCAAUACACCCAGUCACUACAAAGAUACAGACCUUCCUAACUCAGUUGCCGGAGUGGAAGGAAACCGAUCGGGGAUUUCAGCAUGAGGCCAAUGGUGACUUUAAAACUACUAGUUUAAAUGGCUGUGAUAGGACAAAACUGAGGAUGGAUCAACAGCAAUACGAACAAAAUUGACAGAGUGAAAAGGAAGCCUGUACUGAAUAAAAUAUAUUCCUAAACAUGCAUCCAGUUUCAAACAAGAUACUGCCAGAAAAUGUGCCAAAGCAAUUCCCUUUUUGUCCUGAAUACAAAAAGUUGUUUGGGGGUAAAUCCAAUACAACACAUUAAAGUACCACUCUCCAUAUUUUCAAGCAUAGUAGUGGCUGCAUCAUGUUAUGGGUAUGCUUGUAAUAGUUAAGAACUGGAUAGUACAAAAAAGAAACGGAAUGGAGCCAAACAGGCAAAAUCAGUGGAAAACCUGGUUGUCCGCUUUCCAACAUACACUGGGAGAUUAAUUCACCUUUCAGCAGAACAAUAACCGAAAACACAAGGCCAAAUCUACAAUGGAAUUACUUACCAAGAAGACAGUGAAUGUGGCUGAGUUACAGUUGACAUAUCUAAUUUGAAAUCAAAUGGCAAGACCUGAAAAUGGUUGUCUUGCAAUGAUCUACAACCAAUUUGACAAAGCUUGAAGAAUUUUGAAAAUAAUAAAAAUAGGCAAAUGUUGCACAAUCCAGGUGUGGAAAGCUUAGACUUACCUAGAAAACCUCACAGCUGUAAUCGCUGCCAAAAGGUGCUUCUACAAAGUAUUGACACAGGGGUAUGAAUACUAGAUAUCUAUAUAUAUAUAUACACAUUUAUUUUUUAUUUUGUCAUUGUGUGGUAUUGUGUAGAUGGCGGAGAGAAAAAAAGUAAUACAUUUUGAAUUCAGGCUGGAACAAUGUAGAAUAAGUCAAGGGGUAUGAAUACUUUAAGUGAUUGUACUAUGUCCAUAAUAAUGGUUGAGCUCCUGCCUCCUCACUGAGUUUAACUGAAGGACUUUUAGUUUCCUGGCAGGACCAUGAUACCGAGCCAUCAUUACGCUAAGCUCUGCCACAAACACACACACACACAGCGCAAUUGUAAACCCAGACACUAGGUGAGCAUGAAAAACUGUACCACCUUUUUCCUGUGGGCGACUUUCAAAAUCCCUCCCAAGUUUACCUGUGAUUUUCCCCUCUUCCCCCCUUAGUCUAGCAGACCUCCCCACCCCUUGUUCACUUGCCAGAGUAGAAAGUCAGCAUCUUCAGGUUGUCUCAGCUGGCCAAGGACUGCCAUUACACCAACCAGGUGGUUGCCAGGCAGAACUGUAGGUUUGUAGCUCUUGGAGCUCUCCAACACCACUAAAAGGGUUGCAGAAGGCUUUUUAAAAUAUUUUUAAAUGUGGUUUGACUCACUGUAAUACUCACAUGUUCACAAUAGACUAUGGUUAUUACCUCUGCCCAUGAAAACCAUGGCUGAGAUUUUGUAAUGAAAAUAUUAGGAUUGGUGCAGAGAAUAGCCAUGGCACUAAGAGAACAGUGAGGCCUUUCUUUACAUCUGCCUACAAGAGCCUUUUAAUACACCGCCCAGAGCUAGAGUCGGACAGAACUGCGGGUUUGUGGAACUGCAGCUGGUGUUCUGUAGAGAAAUGCCAGGAACUGAGCUCUAUGUUGAUGUUUGGCAUGGGUUACCCCUCAAAUGGAAAGUAAGCACAUUCUCCAGAAAAUGUGUUUUUAACAUUUCAGGAAUACUUCAGACAAGGCAAUUUUAUAUUUUUCACAUAACAAUCGCCGUCAAUUGAUAUAUACUAUUUGAUACACUGUACUGGAUGUACAUUUUUUGUAGUUGAACAUUAUCAGAUUGUUGUCUUUAAAUGUUGGUGUGGUUUUUAAAUGUUUUUAUAUAAGUGUUAACUUCUCAAUUAGCAAAUAUAUGUUUUCUGAACGAUUUGUGAAAUUUCUCUGCCUCGUGUUUACAAACAAUGCUCUCAUGCAUAAUAGUAAUGGGAUUUUUUUGUUGAUAGUUACAGAUCACAGUAUACUUUUUUUUCCUACUGUUUGUAGUGUACACUAGCGCUGGUCGGCUGUACCUGCACCAAAACCCCGAUAUUUUUCAUUCUAUAGCAUCUUUUUAAAACAGCGAGCCAACAUGUUCAGGACUUAUUUCCCUGACAGAUCAAAACUAGUUGUUUUCUCAUGCUCUCGUCUCUCUGCAGCAGACAUAGUGAGCCAUUUGUUUGGAACAUCAAAUCUCAAUACAUAUAGAAUCAUGAGAAUCGCAAUACAGUACAUAUCGUAUCGGCACUGAAGUAUCGUGAUAUCAUAAGGUUCCUAGCAAUUCCCAGCCCUAAAGCAUAAACCAAGAAAAUCAUGAGUACACUGUUCCAAUGGACCAUAAUAUGUACUGUCCAUAAUCUCCCAUCAUUGUUAAAUACAGAAAAAGCAUUGUUAGAUAAUCUGUUUAAAAAAAAAUAUUGAAUCAUUGUGAAAUCAUUAUGUAAUCACAGCUUUCAACAUUGGAGGAGUAAAUUGAGAUGUUUGUAUGCAAUAAUUACAUCACACUCCAUUGAAGUGGAUGACGGUUAUACAGCUUAUAUUGCAUGAGCUCUGAAAUAAAUAAAGUCUUUACACUCUG